CCUCCCUUAAAUUACAGCUGCAUAUACUGUAGGUUCAGUUGCAUCAGAUUAGACCGCUAUUUAUGCAGGACACAAAUAAACAUGAUAGGGUAUUAAGAGGCAAGAGCGGAAAGGGGUGUGGCGGAGGUGUUGUAUUUCAUGCCCAACCACCUGGAGAGGAGACACUUAAGGCGCGCUGGGUCAGGGUGCCAGCGGCAGCAGAGGCGCCAGUCACGCAGAGAGGACCGCAUCAUUUGAAUGACUACACUUGUAAAACUGUAUUUGCAUCCCCUCGGGCAAUGGACAGCAGGAUUACCCCGCUUGGCCUCGCCGGGCACACCGCCAACCCGCUCGGUGGUUUGCAGGUGCCUCCUUCCUUCCUGCGCCCUCCACCUCUCUUCCUCCGUGCCUGUAACUCCACGUUGGAGAGGGGAUACCCCCGCACCCCGAAAUGCGCCAGAUGUAGGAACCACGGUGUGGUUUCCGCACUGAAAGGCCACAAACGCUUUUGCCGUUGGAGAGACUGCGUGUGCGCAAAGUGCACUCUAAUAGCGGAGAGGCAGCGCGUGAUGGCCGCGCAGGUGGCCCUGAGAAGGCAGCAGGCUCAGGAGGAGAGCGAGGCCCGGGAGCUCCGGCUGUUGUACCCUGGCUCAGGGAUCGGUGGGGAAGCAGGGAUCGCCCACAGGUCGCCUAUAGGCUCCCCGGUACCAACGACUAUCAGCAACGCUCCAACAGCUCCCAGUUUUGACGUUUUUGGAACAGAGAACCAAAAAGAUGAUGACAAAUUAGGCAAAUACAACUUUUAUAACGGAUUCAUGGCUCGACCCCUCUUUGUACCCCACACCACACGGCUGUCCCCUCCGAGUGACAAGUUGUCUCCAAGCAAGGACAACACCACUUCAUUUGCUGAUCUGAGCACAAGUCCAUCCCCGGUGUUCGAUCAGCGCUCAGACCACACAGAGAGUCCGCGAAGGUCGCUUUCCUCCUCAGACCAGGAGUCAGGAAGCGAGUCGGAAAAACCCAAGGACCACCGGAGCAUGGACCGGGACCCCACUCACAUCAUGGCCAAGAUCUUCCCCCAUCAAAAACGGGACACCCUGGAGGCCAUGGUGAGAACUUGCAAAGGUGACAUAGUGAAAUCCAUUGAGCUGGUGCUGAGCUCCAAAGAGAACAAGAGCGACUCUGAAAGCUUGUCUGUGUCUAACCACCCAAACACGCCCAGGCCUUCACUGGGGUUGCCUGCAACGCGGGGUGCUCUUGGAAACAAGUCAGCCUUCUCUCCAUUCCACAUACCGCCGACGGCCGCCGAGGGGGACAGCCUGUACGGGCUCGGCCCUCGCCUCGGUGUCAGCCCCUUACGGCUGGCCUACUCCUCUGCAAACGGUGGUGUAACAGGUUUUAUGUCACCAUACAUGACAUCCGGACUGAUGCCAGUAUUUCCAGUGCGUCCACCUUUGGAGUCGUAUUCCUUUUCUGGCAUGAUCCAUGACCUUUCUUACCUUCAGAGCAAAGCGUCAUUGUGCAAUACAGGCCUUUACACACGACUCAACAAUGAGAAAUGACAAAUUAAAAAUCGAUACAUGAAAAAUGAUAUUUCUUUAGGUAAUGAUACUCUAAUUUGGUUUUCAGAUUUGCCUUUAAAUCGCUUUUCACGUGACUCAGAUCCGGUUAAAGUGUUGCAUUCUGGCAUUUUCCUUUAUAGACUUGUUUAUAUAGUGUACAUUUUGUAAAUAUUCAUUAUUUUUAAUAAAGUUAUCCAAGG